AUGUUUUUUGAGGAAACACGCCAUCCGGAUUGGAGCAUUCUGGCUGCUCUUCAGUACAUCUCGGAACAUAGCAAUCUAUAUAGUGAAAACAUUGAAUCAGUUCUGGAAGAGAUGAGGAUGAAACUUCGCACAAUCAGCCGCCAGCAAAAUCUCUUAUCUCAUGCACGCAAUAAAGCUGCUGCAAUGUACUCCAGCUUUGAUGAGACAAUCAAAAGAACAGUGGUUAGAAACUGGUUCCAAAUGCUGGAGAAGAAGGAAGAGGUUGAGUCGACAAAGCUGGUGUACAGAGAAGCGAUGAAGGCAGAUGUUUUGCAUGAUAAGUUCCAAGUUGCUCCAGAAGCACAGUUGAAAAGGAAGCUGGAAGUGGUUGCAGAUUUGCUACCGUCAGAUGAUCAGGCGUCGUCCCAAUCACAAGCAAAACAACAAAUCAUGGACAACACUGGAAACAGCGAUGAGGGAGACGGAUAUGAGUCUCCUUGUGAAACGAUUGUAAGAGAAAGGAGUGCCAGAGCAAAUAAGCGAUUGCAUACUCUUCGUGAGGAUAAUGAAAAUGCUGGAACUGACUUCUCAAGUGAGGAAUACAGUCAUCAUACAAAUUAUGAUGAAGUCGAGGAAACUGGCAGCAACCUGAAAGCAAUUUUGCGAAGUUACUGCAAGAAGAGGACCACUUCGCCUCACGAUCCUGCUCAUAGCUUCGUUCUCGAUUUGUCGCCAAGUUCCAAAAUUCGGCGUGACUUUUCUCGGAAAAGUUGGCAGGAAUUGGUAACAAGCCGACGCAUUGCGCAAACAACAUACCAUCAUGAGAUCGAGUCUCUUCUCACCCACUUGUUUGGAAGGAGGAACUUAACUGAUGCUCGCACAAGGUGGUACAGCCUCCGUGAUCUGCCCACUCCCACAUACAGCAACGAGUUUUCAUAUGCAGAGAACGACUGGCCAAAGAUAUGUCGUUGGGUCGAGCGGGUGACAGGCCAAUUCUUGGAUGCAUUCGAGUCUUCUCGAAAUCCGCUCCAGAAUAACUGCUAUGAACGAGAAUGGCUUGGUGGUUACCUUGUUCCGCUUUUGCAGGGUGCCCUGGCUUUGGAUGGAAACUGUCGCGUCCGAUGGGGAGAGGCUUCUGUGUUGUCAACGCAGCAUCGUCGUAAUCAAGACAGAGACGUCUUUGAGCUGCAGGUUGAACGGGCCCACAUGGCCGAUCUUCUAUGCGUUUAUGAGCAACAUGAAGUCAUGUGUCUGCUUGCGUGUGGUGGUCCUGACUUCUACGAUCUUACGAAGAUGGCAUCAGACGAGUUCAACCUGCCCAGGAUGAUGAAAGACAUGCUGGACAACCUACAGGCCAAGUUCCCAUGUAUGAUUGGGGAUAAAAAAUUAUAUAUAAUCGGAAUACAGACGUAUAUGACAGAAGUCCGCCUCUACAUCAUGGAGAGAAAUGAGGUGUACCGUCUCCACUUUCUAAAGUCAUUCCAUCUUCCACUUACCUUCUCCGCAUAUAGUAACUUGAGAGUUGCAUUGAAGUGGGCAUGGAACAUUCGAGGCAUGUUGAAUGAAUUGAUCAAGAAAUUUGAGGCCAGUUCAGAUGAUGAGUAUGUAUUUAUAUCAUCAUCGGAUAUGAAGACUCAGACGACGCCGGCUAAACAUCCCAAAAAAAAGGGACCAGCACAUUGA